CCUCCCUCUAACCAAACGUACUGCGUACGUUGAUACCCGGUAGAACUCGUCCAAGUCAACGGUUUUAUUGACUCUUUGUAUUGACGUUUACUUACGGAAAAUGAGCGGAAAAGAUCUUUUUAAUUUACUGAAUUCAGGCUUGAAUGAACGAUUAACGUCUCAGGCCAGCAGCCAGGAAUUUAAUCCGGCUGCUACUCGUAAAGCUUUGUUGUCGGCAUUGAACGACGGAGCAAGUAAUCAUAGUGGUAGUCAAAAGAGUGAGACGCGUGGAGUGAACUCUGAUGUGUCGUCUGAGGGUGCUGCUUCCACUUCUGCUCUUCAUGCAAACCCAUCAGCGUUUCUCUUGCAACAGCUGAAGGGCGAUUUCAGUACGUCUUCCCUGAAACUGGGUUCGGAGCCGAAUUCGAAAGGAUAUCUUCGGCUAGACCAGGUGGAGAAGGGAAUCGCCUCUCUCGAUAUCUCUCAAAAGGCGGAAUCAGUCACUUCACUUUCUGCUUCUUCUGAGCCACUGUCCUCGUCAACGGUCAGUAAAUACUCACACUUGGAAGAAGGUGCUCCUGUAGCCAGCAAUAGUGUUGUCUAUGAAUUCCCUAACGAACCUGCCAAGAGAACGACGAUUACCGAUUCUAACGUCGCCGGAUCAGCUUUCAGUGCUGAACAGCGCUUUGGUAUCGCACGUAUCUCUCGGAAAUAUGAUGCCCAAGACUCUCAAUUGAUUCACGCCAACAGCAAGUACAUUGCUUACGCUUUGGCUAAUGACCCUGAAAUCCGUGUGCUGGAAAAGGCCACGGCAAAAACUAUUCUUCUCCGACACAGCACACGCUGCAAGUUCAUUUUUGUCGCGUGGGGUGAGGAUCCCGCUGUCACAAACACGCUUCUGGCUGUAGACACUGAAGGCCGUGUAGUUGUGUGGAGAAUAAACUUCGAGAAGAAGACCUAUGAUGUCGUGUUCCAGCUCGGUGCCGCCGUGUCUCCUCUGAAUGCAAUUAAAUCGCGUUGCCAUUGGUUGCCUGGUUCUUCGAACCGUUUCGCGGUCGCUCUGGCGAAGAACAUUUACUUCUUUGAUCUUCAAUUGCUUUUGCCCUCACAAAUCUACUUGGAGCGCUCAAACCUGGGCUCCGACGGUCUUCCAUGCUAUGUCAUUGACACGGGAAUUAGCGCGAAAGAAUACGCCUUUUCUCACGAUGGAACCGUUUUCGCAACUGUCGACAAAGACUCGCUCGUUAAGCUUUAUGCCGUUCCUCAGUCUCUGCCUUCCUCUCCAGCUGAACGUCCCAGCCCAAACGAGGUUCAGCCUAUUGCUGUUAUUUCAACUGAGUGUUCCGAAAAGCCCAAAUGCAUCCAGUUCAUCAGUGCACCUGGUCAGACUUUUGACCAUUACAUUAUCGUGGGUUACGAUAUGAACCGACGUGUCCAGUUGCUUAACAUUGCACAGGGCGCCGUCGUGCAGGAAUUCGUUUUCCCUUACCAAAAGGCCGAGGAGCCUAUCUCAUUUUCAUCACAGUUGGCUGUAUAUGCUAACACGAAUUUUUUGGUGAUUGGUAACGGUACACUUAACUCAAUGUUUCUACUGCAAUUAGAAGAACCCGUCGUCACUGAGUCGGAAGACGAAGCAACUUCGACGGAGGAAUUGGUUCGCAAACUGGUAGCUGGUCAGAAGAAGCCCACAAAGACUGCUCUCUUUACACGCUUCUUGCAAAAAACGUUUGAACCAAAGUACCGUUUUAUUAAUAUGGUUCCCGCUGAGGUUAUUCCGGACGCCAGCAAAAUCUGCUUGCUUUUGGCUCACAUACGUGGUUAUGACUAUUAUACAGUUGACAAAAGUGAUCUCAUAAAUGCUACCGCUGUUGCUAUCAAACCAGAGUUUGUCUCCCCAAUUGCCGUUCCAGGCUCACUAAUUACCGACUUCACAAGCAAGUCAAGCAAGGAUACACUUUCUUCUGGUACGGCUACUCCCAAGUCAGAGCCCUCGGAGAAGCGCAAAGAGAAGCGUGCUCGUAGCGCAGAAAAGAAGAAGAAGGACCAAGAGGUAGCACAAAAUGUAGCCAAGCAGACUACAGCUGCUUCUAUGGAAGCUUUCAGACAACGUUUGGAUGAACUUGACAAGAUUAAGGCAUCCGUGGACGCUGUUUCCAGAAAGAUGGAAACCAGUUUGAACACACAGUACAACGACUUAAGCAAGCAGCUUCUUGAGUAUAAGAUGCUGAAUGAAAAGAACACGGAGGCCAUCAUUGAGGCUGUUUCCGAGACGUUAACGAAGAACACUGGCAAGAUUUUGGAGGAUGUGGUGAAUGAUGCCCUUAAGUCUGUCGUGUUUGCUGACAUCCAAAAAUCGGUUUCCGAAGCUAUGAAAAAACCCUUGAAAGAGUUACAAGAAACGUUUACAGCUCGUUUUGAAGCUUUGGAAGUGGGCUUUUCCGAAGAGCGUAUGAAACAAAACACUCGCAUCGAACAGCUUACCAAAGCACUUGAAGUGAUUACCAAGGACUACGAGAAUGAAAAGAAGCAACAUCAAGAAACGUCUUCUGAGUUGCAAUCCUUAACCACAAAGGUGGACAGCUUGAAUGACCAAUACGAAUUAAUAAAGCAACAGAUUUCUCAAGUUGCAGAAAAGCAAGCUGCCGUCGAAACCAAUGAACAACAACAACAACAACAACAACAGCAGGACACAAGUUCUGUAAAUGUUGAUGAUGCUGCUGAUGCUUCCAUCUCAGCUGCACCCCUUGGCCAGGCAAGUAAUGAUGAGACUUCUGUUCUGAAGGAUAUGUUGGCCAAGGGUGCGUUUGAGAACUGUGUCGCGCAAUGGUGCCAAAAUCCCACAGAGUCUGGUUUUGCACUUAUGUGCACAUGUCCUACGGACGAGUUAGUGAACAAUUGCUCAAACAUCGCUUUGCUUACUUUCCUUUACCACCUUUCAACUCUCGAGCUCAACGAUGCUGAACAUGUGCGAAAGUCGCUUGAGUUUAUGGUGAGAGCCGUUGUGCAACUUGAUGUAGCUGAUCCGCAAUUGAGCAACGUUAUCGUUCCCGUGCUCACACACACGAAGGCUGUGUUGGAAAAGCGCUCUUCCUCUCUCGAUCCCGUGUCUAAGAGACGUUUGGAUAUUUUGUUGAAAACGCUUGAAAGCAAAAUGGCUAGUUUAGGACUUGGUCGCCUUUGAACAAACCGGCAUCCGUGAUGCACGUUUCUUCUCCGUAAGGGAGUGGAAUGGGUCUUCUUGCUACUUCAACAAUGUAUUUUACCCGCCCGCCUCGGGCAUCCCUUUGACGACUUUUUAUCGUUGUUGAAGUACAAUAUACAUAUAGAUUAUUUCUUAACGUUAUUCUCGUUACAGAAUAAUUGCCGUAGAAUAAAAGUCUAAAUCUAGGAAGACGCUUGUCGACAAUGAUGUUGCAGCGAUGAUUUAUGUUUCAACUGUGCUCGAAGUUUAGUUUCUUUAAAUAAUAAUUACAACUUUGUUAUCCUUAACGUUUUACGAGGCCGACAAUAACUGUUUCUUAUCUUUU